AGCGCCAUUUGUUCGCCCAUUGCUCGCUUGUUGUUUUCCUUUCUCUCUCUUCCUUCACUGCUUCUCUUUCCCUUGCAUUCAAUCACGUGUACAGGGGCACGCACGUGCGUCGCGCACCGCCUCGUGUCGGCCUGCUUGGAUUUUCUUUCGUAGGCCACCACACGCGUAGAGUACUGAAGUACACUCCCAUCCAUUCGUCAGCAAAUAGGGCAGCAAAUCCGCCGCCAUCGGUGUUUGGGUAUAUAACGGAGGAAAAGGCCUUUUUAAAUGGCGGAGUGUCAAUCGGCUCGUCCAACUUCUUCCUAACUCCCCGCAUCGUAGCCAUCUUUCUCUUUUAUUGGCUUUAUUCUUCGUGUGUUCUUUCUCUCUCUCUCUCUCUCUCUGUGUGUGUGUGUGCUGCUCAGCAGGGUUUUUGGUCCGUCUCUUCGGCGCAAAGCAAACGUGUUUCUCUUUUCCUCGUCUAUUCCACGCCUCCUCUUCUCAAAGACCGAUCGACAAGUGCGUUCGGCUCCACCGGUUUCUGUCACGCUGAUUUUUCUGCAGCACAGCUUUGUUUCAUCGUUUGCUGGCGAAUUAAGAUAACUGUUUCUUUUCGAGAAUCUGAACAACAGGGAAGAGGUAAAAAGCAGUGUGGUGCGCUCGGGUUGAAGUCAUACUCGCCAACGAGUGGAGAGGAAAGCAGCUACAAAGCUGUUACCCUUUCACCAUCCCUCUCUCUCUCUGCAGCGAGUCGACGCGCGAAUCCCAAAGAGGAAAAGAGAUUCACCUGCUUCUUCCUUCUUCCUUCCUCUUUCUUCCUUCUGAGUUGAAAAGAAUAAGCAAGCUCAAACGUAAUAUUUAGAAAUUAAACUUCUGCACGUUAAGUUUUUCUUUGUUACUUCACCCUUGUGUUUUCAGUUCUUUCUGGAAACCAACGUUACGGCACAGGUCGUCAUCGACUCGUUGGUUGCGGGGUUUUUGUUGAGGGGCUGUUUUUCGGUGCUGUUGUUUGUACGCCGCUUCUCCCCCACGCUGCUGUUUGUGUCCCUCGGUGCUUCCCAGGGCUGAAGGCGCGAAGCUUAUUUCUCCUCUUGCGUAGUUGAGCUGAGAGCUGUUUUGUUCUUCUGUGUCCCGUCUUCUUCUUUUUUCUUUUAAUCAAGGGAAGAACCCAAAACCUGAGAAACCUGCUGUUGUCGCUGUUCGACUCGUAUAUUAAUAACUAUUCCCAUUCCAGAGUUUGUUGCUGCGGCGGCGAGUAUUCGCGUCUGUGUGCGUGUGUGUGUGUUAUUCUUUGUUUUUUCUUCAUUGCCGUGUCUUUUCUGCCCUGUUUCGUAAGCGCCGAACAGCACCCUUCCUUCUCAAAUCCUCUGCCGUUUUUUGUCUUGGUAACUAUAUCUAUCCAUCUUCUCUCGGUAGAAUGCUUCCUCAAUUAAAACACCCCACAGGGCGUGAACGGAGUCACAGUCGCAGCCGCAGUGGCAGCAGUGGCAGCGGCGGCCGAAGCACACACGCCAGCAUUGACGACGGUUCCAGUGGCAGCGACACGACCAGCGCCGCGGGGGCGAGCUCCUCCUCCGGCAAGUUCGCAGAGGCGAUGGAGAUGUACCACCAGUCCAUGGCCAUCCGCCGGCACAAGAUGAGUACAUCGAACGUGACGACGCACAGCGUCGACAGCACAGGCAGCGAAUCGGCUGGGUCGAACCCACUGCGGAUGUCAACGAGUCUGAAGGGGCCGCAGCUCCGGCCCACCACCCGCCUCAUCCGCGUAAACGAGUCUGUCACCUCCACGUCCCAGCACCGAGCUGGCUGCCGGCUUCCGAGUCUCGUGUCCCGCACCCAGCCGGACGCCGCCGCCGCCACUGCCACGUCGUCCCCUGCCCACAAGCCACACAGCAAUGAACACCACCACAGCAACAAUCCAUCUUCUUUGACGGCGAGCCGGCCGUACUCACGGAACCGCACGCGGAGUCAACCCACGUCGACCGCCGCGACACCCAACGCGCCGUCGUCGCCGAACGAAAGCGUUGAGAGGGCCCGAUGUCGCUCACGAGGGGUGCCGAGUGACUUAAAUUCUGCCACCGCAGUAGAGAAGGACGCCGCGGAGGAGGACACGCCAAACCACGCAACCAGCGUGCUGGGUAGUCUGCACAACCUUGCCUGCUCCUCCUCCGACAAUGAUGAGUUCCCCGCAACCAAGUACACGUCCAUCUUUCGCAGUCACGGAGAGAGCAGGAAUAACAGCAAAUGCGAGGACCACCACAGCAAUAACCGCAGAAACAUGCAUGUGCCACACCGGCAGCCGUCUGCGGGAUCGAAUAAAAAGACUUCUCCCGAUCCGUCCGCCGGGUCGUAUGACGUGAUCGGGCUGGAAUCGAUGUUGAUGGCGUCGCCAGAGGACCAGAUGCCGCUGCGCCGCUCCUCCCUCUACACACCGGCGCAGCCUCGCGGGCCUCCUCCCUCUUCACUGCCGCAGCACCAGCAGCCCGCAUCACACCCUCUCAAACCAAGGCCACAGCCGUCACGGCCGGCUUCCACCUCUCCGCGACAGCGCUCGCUAAUGCCGAUCUCGGCCGUUGACUCGACAAGUCUGCUGCUGUUUGAGCCAAGCCCGCCGCUCCCCAUCGCCACCGCCCACCCGUCUAAGAAGGCGGCGCUGUCACCUCGGCAGAGCACGGCGGCGACGACCACUACCACCACCGCCGCAGCAGCCCUCAUCCCACCCAGCAACGCGCUCUUGAGCUUCUCCCCUCACCGCACCCCCGCCGCGGCUGAGAAGUCGCUCUCGCCGCAGUCCACCAGCAACACGGCGACCGCGCUCGCCCGGCGCAAAACGGACCCCGCGGCCCGCAGCGCGAGCCAGGCAGGUUUGAGCAGCGCGGCGCGCACCUGCGGAAGUCGCAAUGCCAGCCGGACCACCUGUGAGACGUCGCAGCGGGAUGUAAUGGCGCACGGCACCCCGCCUGCGCUGCAGAGCCCAACAACAGCUGCAGCGGCACCGACGAUGGGCGCGCCGGUGGCGGCAGCAGCAGCGAGCCCCACCGCCCAGUUCUACUCCACCGCCUCCCUGGCGAAGACCUACGACGGGUCGCAAUUCUUGAACGACUACAUUCUGCUGAGCGAGAUCGGCAGCGGCGCGACGGGGCGUGUUGUGCUGGCCUUCAGCACCAGCAUGAUGUGCAGUGUGGCCAUCAAGAUCAUCGUGAAGCCGAGGGAAAAGAAGUACCGCCUGCAGCGCCCCCGCCUCUCCUCCGACUCGUCCGUGGCGCUCUCGAGCACACCGGAGCAGCAGAACAGCAGCGACACUGACAAGUCGGCCGACUCCGACACCCGUCGGCGGAAGACCGCCAUCGCGGGGGCACACCAUGGGCGAUACAGUGAUGCGACGGGCAACAGCGCACCACCGGCGUCCGCCGCCACACCGCCAUCACGGCAUAAGAAUGUCACGAAAACCGCACGUCUCACCACGGCGGAGCGCAUUACCCGCAACCUGCAGCGCGAGAUUGACGUGAUGAAGGACCUGAAUCACCCCAACAUCGUGCGACUAUACGAGGUCAUCAACGACCCGAAGGCGAACUCUCUCUUCUUGAUUCUACAGUACGUGGACAACGGUGCGAUUGCGCAGCUGAACUCAUCCGGCUGCAUUACCGCGCCCUUCGCGCCGGAGAACUUGCUCCCCAUUGCGACGCAGGUGGCGGACGGGCUCGUCUAUCUGCACGAGCACCGCAUCGUUCAUCGCGACAUCAAGCCGGAGAACAUCCUCGUUAACCGCGACGGUCAAGCCUUUCUGGCAGACUUUGGUGUAGCGGAGUUGAUGAACGCAGAGGCGGGGCUGCCCACGGCGGCCACGCUGGCCUAUCAAGGAACCCCGCUGUUUAUGGCGCCGGAGAUCUACGCAGUGGACGACGAGGACGCGGACGAGGAUGAUGAGUUGGACCUGCUACACAAGAAUGUGAGCGAGUCGGGCGCGAGUACGAGGAGCACGGCCUCAUCGAUGCACCACGGCAAGCACAACAAGCGCAGCAACCCCACCACCACGACGGCCGCCACAGGCGCGUCAGCGACAACGGCCGGCCAGUCGUCCUCCCGCACCAUCGACCCGUACGCGUUGGAUGUGUGGGCCCUCGGCGUCACCUUCUACACCCUCCUCGUCGGUCACGUCCCCUUCCACUCGAUGAAGCAGAUCUGCCAAACGGUGCGCAAGGGGGUACACCUCCCGGCCACUCUGCCGGCGGCCUGGCGUCAAAUCCUUCGCUGCACCAUGGAGCCGGGCGUGAGCAAGCGCGUGACGUCUGCACAGCUACAGCAAAUGCUGCACGCGAUGCUGGACGUGGCCAAUGCGAAGGAGCACAGCGACAACGGGAACAACGUCAGCGGCGCAGCUGAGAGGGACGUGGCACGGCGCGGCAAUGGCGGUCGUUCCCGUGGUGCGUCUCGGCAGCCGACUCCCGCCGCGGCACCGGUGCUGCGGUGCACAUCGGAGGACGAAGAUGUGAUCGUGGGCAGUGGCACGCCGACGGAGAUCCCGCUGUCGCCUGCGAACGGCGGCCGACUGGCCGAUGACUUUGACGAUUUCAACGACACUUUCAGCAUUAACUCCUCGGUGCUGGACGUCCUGCGGCCCGUCAGGCGAUGA